AUUUCUCUAUAAAUAACCUCCUCACUCGUCUCUUAAAACUCGCCUUACACCGGUCUGCAAAUUGUAUAACAAGACUCGGACCUUCUCUCUCUACUCUCUCUCCUCUCUUUCUCUCUCUUCUCCAGCUUCUUUGCUCGUCGGGAACUUCUUCGUUCUCCAGCUUGAAAAAUGGCCGCCCCAAUUGACACCUUCCUUUUCACCUCCGAAUCUGUGAACGAGGGACACCCCGACAAGAUGUGCGAUCAGAUCUCUGAUGCAGUCCUUGAUGCUUGCCUUGCGCAAGACCCUGAGAGCAAGGUUGCUUGUGAGACUUGCACAAAGACCAACUUGGUCAUGGUCUUUGGUGAGAUCACCACCAAGGGGAACGUAGACUAUGAGAAGAUUGUCCGACAGACUUGCCGCGAUAUCGGAUUUGUAUCCGCUGACGUGGGUCUUGAUGCUGACAACUGCAAGGUCUUGGUUUACAUUGAGCAGCAGAGUCCUGACAUUGCCCAGGGUGUCCACGGUCAUCUUACCAAGCGUCCUGAGGAGAUCGGUGCUGGUGACCAGGGUCACAUGUUUGGCUAUGCCACUGAUGAGACCCCAGAAUUGAUGCCCCUCAGCCAUGUCCUCGCCACCAAGCUUGGUGCCCGCCUCACUGAGGUUCGCAAGAACGGUACCUGCCCAUGGUUGAGGCCUGAUGGCAAGACCCAAGUCACUGUUGAGUACUACAACGACAACGGUGCCAUGGUUCCCAUUCGUGUCCACACCGUCCUCAUCUCAACUCAGCACGAUGAGACUGUUACCAACGAUGAGAUUGCAGCUGACUUGAAGGAGCACGUGAUCAAGCCUGUGAUCCCUGAGAAGUACCUUGAUGAGAAGACCAUCUUCCACCUUAACCCAUCUGGCCGUUUCGUCAUUGGUGGACCUCACGGUGAUGCUGGUCUUACUGGUCGUAAGAUCAUCAUCGACACCUACGGAGGUUGGGGUGCUCACGGUGGUGGUGCCUUCUCCGGAAAGGACCCAACCAAGGUUGACAGGAGUGGUGCUUACAUUGCUAGGCAGGCAGCCAAGAGCAUUGUUGCCAGUGGCCUUGCUCGCCGCUGCAUUGUCCAGAUCUCUUACGCCAUUGGUGUCCCAGAGCCUUUGUCCGUCUUCGUUGACACCUACGGAACUGGAAAGAUCCCUGACAAGGAUAUCCUCAAAAUUGUUAAGGAGACCUUCGACUUCAGGCCCGGUAUGAUCGCCAUCAACCUUGACCUUCUCAAGGGUGGCAGCAGGUACUUGAAGACCGCUGCUUACGGGCACUUCGGUAGGGAUGACCCAGACUUCACAUGGGAGGUUGUGAAGCCCCUCAAGUGGGACAAGCCCCAAGCUUAAGUCAGAGAAAGAGUGAAGUCGGAAUUCAUUGAUUAAUAUUUUUGAUCAAUAAAGCAAGUGCCCGGAUCUCCUCCACAGGCUGCAGCUGCUCUCUAACCAAAUGAAAUGUAUGAUGCUUUUUAGUAGUAUGAUGGGUUACACUUGUGUCCUUGCUUUCCCUUUUUUAUAUUUUCUUUGUUUGGGGUGAGUUGGUUACUUGUGGAAGAGUUAGAUAUUAUGGGUAUUGGGAGUUUUUGUUGGUAGUAGAAGUUGCAGCAUUUGUUAGUAAAGGAGUUGCUGCUUAUAUGUAUGAUGUUUGAUAGAUGCAAGUAAAGGAUCAGCUGCUGCGCAGCAUCCCAAAAUGUAAUUCGUGCUCGUUCACAGUAAUCAUAUAUUUGAGUUGCAUAAUAUUUAUUUGC